GUUUUCAUCCUGGGCGUCAAUUUCCCCGAGCGGAAUCUAUUAAAGAAAUGCCUGGGCUCUUUCUUCGGAAUUGGAGACAAUACCUCGUCUCGCCUUCUCGCUCGCUUUAACAUCCACCCAACCUGCCGUGUCGGCGAGCUAGCCAAUAAGCAAGUCCUCGAUUUAACCGCCGUGCUAUCGGAUAUGAAAAUCGAGAAUGACUUGCGCCGAGAGGUGCUAAAUGAUAUUAAGCGUUUGAAGGAGACGGGAACUUACCGUGGUCGUCGCCAUGCGCUGGGCCUACCUGUGCGAGGACAGCGAACGCGCACGCAGAUUAAAACCCCUGUUCGACUGAACCGCAUGGAGCGUCGUCUUUAA